UUUAUUUUCUGUAAUAUUAAAAAAUUUUGCGAAAAUCCAUGCUUAACUACAAAAUUCAAUAUAGUUUAAUCUAUAACAAUAAAUAAAAAUUUAAACGAUGGUGAUGGCAUUUAGGAAAUUUGUUUCAUAACUAGUUGAUUUUCGAUGGUUACCUAAAAUGUAUCCCCACCAGUAAAUGUUUUUACUAUGGACAAUAGAUUGGUUACAAAGAAAAAUGGGUAUGUUAGUAAUGGUUAUUCCUUUACAAGUGGUGCAGAAAAUAUAAAGGCAUUGAGCAAUUCAAAAGUUUCAUUGCAUUCAUUAAGAUCUAAUGCAUCAUCAACAUCAGAAAAAUUAAACAAUGGAUACCAGUCAUCUAAUAAUCUUGCCGAUUGUGAAAUCAGCACAAUUCUUAUUGAAAUGGGGCCUUCAGAUCGUCGAUUUGGCUUUUCAGUAAUGGGUGGUAUUGAUGAAGGUUUUCCUCCACGUAUUGAUGAUAUUUCACCAGGUUCCCCUGCAGAAAGGUGUGGGUUGCAGUUAGAAGAUGAACUUUUGGAAGUGAAUGGAAUUAAUGUUGAACAUAUAACACAUGCUGAAAUCAUAAUGAAAAUACAUAAAAGUAAAGUUCAAAUACUUCUUAAAAUAAGAAGGUAUCUUUCUUCAAAGACAGAAGAAAAAAAGUAUAUUUCUUCAAAGACAGAGGAAAGAAAGUAUGUUCAACAAAAAACAGACAAUCAGUACGGCAAUAAAAUGUCUCCAAUUAAAACAAAUGGAUAUAUCAGCAAAACUAAUGGUGAAUCAUCUCCAGUAAGUAUUACCACGCCAGGAAUGUUAAAGUUUAAAAGACAACCAGUAGCAGACCGAGUCAGCAACAUACCUUCACGCUUUAUAAAUGAAGCAUUCCAUCGUGAUGAAUUUGAUGACUCAUUUGCAGAUGAUGAUGAUAAUGAUGUAUCUUCUGAUACUAAAUCGUUAGGAUUUUCGAAGUUUGUGGCGUUGUUAGAUGUAAUGCGCAAGUCUACAUCACAACACCAACAAGAUGACAUAGCUUUUUUUCAAAAUUUGUUAUAUUUAAAACAGUUUCAAGACUGUAUUAAAAUUCAUAAUCAAAUGAGUAAAGCAGCAAUAAAAAAGAGAAAUGAUUCAAUGAAACCCGUUGCAACAAAUUCAACAUUUCUGUUAUCUGAGGUUAAUAAUUUGUUAAUGGGUCUGAAUGAUCCUGGAGCAAUUAAACUUUUAAAUAUUAUAAACAGACCAUUUUUUAAAGAACUUCUUAAUGCUCAUGAUCAUAUUGCUAUGCGUGAAUCGUUAGAUUCUUUUCCUGAAAUUGAAAAUGAAUCCGAAUAUGAUCAAGACGAUAUAAAUGAGUUUAUAGAUGAUCAAAGAGUAAAAAUUGUUCGUAUUGACAAAACAAAUAAACCUCUUGGUGCCACUGUAAAAAAUGAGGGGGAUGCUGUCAUCAUUAGUCGAAUUAUAAAAGGAGGAGCUGCAGAAAAAAGUGAACUGUUACACGAAGGAGAUGAAAUUCUAGAGAUAAACAAUCAGUCAGUUAAAGGAAAAAAUAUUGAUGAAGUUGUUGAAUUGUUAUCUGAGCUUGAAGGAACUAUAACUUUUGUACUUCUGCCAACUUCUAUUCAUAAAGAUACACAAUUUGAAGAAGGAGUAUUUUUGAAAGCCUUAUUUGAUUACAAUCCAAAAGAUGAUCAAUAUCUUCCUUGUCCUGAGUUAGGUUUACCUUUUGUAAAAGGUGAUUUAUUAAAAAUAAUAAAUCAAUCGGAUCCUGAUUGGUGGCAGGCUCGCAAUGUAAAUGGUGACCAACAAGGUUUAGCUGGGUUAAUACCAAGCAAAAAGUUUCAAUUGCAGCGAGAAAAAUCAAAAAUCGUACUUCAUGGAGACGAUAAUGAGCCAAUCAUUUCAGAAAAAAAACAUUUUUUAUGUGGAAGGCGCAAACGCAAAGUGAAAAAAUUUAAAUCUUUUAAAAACUCACCUGUUGAUGAAAUUCUUACAUAUGAGGAGAUGGUAAAAAAAGACCCAGAUCCUGGUCGACGUAGACCUGUUGUUUUAAUUGGGCCUCCUCAAGUUGGUCGUCGCGAAUUGCGGGAUAGAUUAAUAUCAGAAAAUCCUAACAAAUAUGGACUUGCUGUGGCUCAUACAACUCGUGUCCCUGAAAGUGGCGAAAUAGAUAAAGAGGAUUAUAUUUUUGUUAAUAAGUCUGCAUUUGAAAAGCUAGUGGAUGCUGCUGAAUUUAUUGAAUAUGGCCAGUAUUCUGGUCAUUACUAUGGCACCAGCUUCAACGCUGUUCGUAAUGUUGUAAGAAGUGGAAAAACGUGUAUCUUAAACAUGAACUGCCAGUCGCUUCCAAUUUUAAAGAACUCCAAUUUACUUCCUUAUAUUAUCUUCAUAACACUACCACCAAUAAAUCAAUUGAAGAGGUUGCGAGAAUUCGAUGACACUUGCGAACCUUUUAACCCAAAUAUUCGGCUAGAGGAUAAAGAAAUUCCGGAUAUUUUAGAAAAAGCUCGUGACAUAAGUCGAACGCACGGACAUUAUUUUGACAAAGUUAUUGUGAAUAAUGAAUUCGAACAUACGUACGCAGAGCUUGUCGAAACACUUAAUCGUCUUGAAACUCAGCCACAAUGGUUACCUCUAACGUGGGUCCGUUGAUGACUUUCAUUAGCCUUUCUUUCUACAUCCAUCAAUUUCAACAGUUGAAUGGAAAUCUGGAAAAUGAUUUUUCGAAUUGUUCAAUUUUUCGAUUAUUUGAUAAAUGAAAUAUUGUAACUUAUUUUAUAUUUGUUAUAUAAGGUUUUUGUAAAGUGUUUUUUAAACAUAUGGUUUUACUCAAUUUUUCAAUGUUUUGGUUAUGCCUAUAAGGAAGCUAAUCAGAAAAUUUUUCUUUUAAAAUUCUUACGUGGUUAUUCUAUUCACACAACUACAUAAUCGCACUUUUUAAUUUCUUUUUUAUAAUCGAAUUAAUUAUGAAUCAAAUCGAAUCGGUUGAAAAUUAAAUCGUUUAUGAAUCAAACUGAAUUGGUUAUAAAUCAAAACGUAUUUUAUACAGAGCUUAUUUUCUUAUAAUUUUUUUUACGAAAAUUUUAAUUUGAUACACAUGUUUUUCAGCUUGUGUUGUUAAAACACAUGUUUUGGACUUGUGUUGUACACGAAAUUGUUAUAUAUUGUAAAUAAGAAAUUCCCUGACACGUGUA